AUGGGACUUGGAAUAACAGAGGGGCGAGAAUAAGCGAUGUUAUGCAUCUACCCAAACACGACCUAGGUUUAUAUCAGGAAGAGUCUUAAAUCUCAGAGUAGACCUCCGUAGUACCCAUCCACCUAUAUGCAGUAAAGUCUUGGAAACGCACACACUCACCCGCUCUUCUCAAUCCCUCUUUUACUCACUCACGCACACAGACACACACAUAUAAAUUCAAUUCAUUUCCGUUCAAUUCAAUUCUAUUCCGAAUCUAAAAUGGCAUCGAAGUUCGGAAUGGCGAGUGGAAUUCCAGAGCGUCGCGUUCGACCUAUAUGGGACGCCAUCGAUUCUCGUCAAUUCAAGAACGCUCUCAAACUCUCCGCUACUCUGCUUUCCAAGCAUCCUAAAUCUCCUUACGCUCUCGCACUGAAGGGUCUUAUUUUGGAAAGGAUGGGAAAAUUUGAUGAGGCACUUUCUGUGUGCCUUACUGCUAAAGAUAUGUUGUUUAGCAGUGCUUCCAUAUUAAUUGAUGAUCUCACUUUAAGCACAUUGCAAAUUGUUUUCCAGAGACUUGAUCACCUGGAUGUGGCUACAAGUUGUUAUGAGUAUGCUUGCGGGAAAUUUCCAAAUAACGUGGAGCUGAUGAUGGGACUUUUUAACUGUUAUGUCAGAGAGUAUUCAUUUGUGAAGCAACAGCAGAUAGCUAUGAAAAUGUACAAGAUUGUUGGCGAAGAAAGGUUCUUGCUGUGGGCAGUUUGUAGCUUUCAGCUGCAGGUUUUUUGUGGUUCGGGGGAAGACAAGCUUUUGCUUUUAGCCGAGGGUUUGCUUAAGAAGCACAUUGCUACACAUAACUUGCAUGAGCCAGAAGCUCUUAGUGUCUACAUCUCGUUACUGGAAUAUCAAUCCAAAUUUGGGGAUGCUCUUGAAAUUCUAUCCGGUAAAUUGGGUUCGCUUAUAGUGAUUGAAGUUGAUAAACUUCGAAUACAGGGGAGGCUUCUUGCCCGGGCAGGUGAUUAUAUUCUAGCUGCUGAUAUAUUUGAGAGAGUUCUAGAAUUAUGUCCUGAUGACUGGGAGUGUUUUCAAAACUACUUGAGUUGUUUAAUCGGAGACAACAGUUACUGGAGCAAGGGAGCUCAGAAUAAUUCGAUUCAUCUUCCGAAUUCUGGUGAUUGCAAGAAUUUGCAUUUAACAGAAGAAAUGUUUGACUCCCGUAUUUCCAGGGCAUCUGAUUUUGCAUUGAAGUUAGCUGAAAAAGCGAGUAGUGAUUCAAUAAGAUGCCCAUACUUGGCAAGUAUAGAAAUUGAAAAAAUGAAGCUUAUAUAUGGCAGGGGAGAUAUGGACAAGCUAAUUGAGGUUAUGAUCCAAUACUUCUGCAGGUUUGGUCACUUACCUUGCUUCGCUUCCGAUGUUAAGAUGUUUCUUGAAGUUUUAACUCGUGAUAAGAAGAACGAGCUUUUGGAGAAGUUAGUUGAAAGCUGUGGAGCUCUUGUCACAGAGCCAAAAAAACUUCUUGGGCAAUCGAUAACAGUUUUUAAAGUUCGAGAGUUAAUUGGGGACAUGUGCACUCUUCCUGCUACUGAUAUAGAGGGCUUUGCAGUUGAAAUGGUGGAUAUUUAUUGCAAGAAUCUUCCACUUUCAAAGGACUUAGACAUUCAAGAGAGUGUGCAUGGGGAAGAUCUAUUGUCCAUGGCUUGUAAUAUAUUGGUUCAGUUGUUCUGGCGUACAAACCAUAUAGGAUAUAUGCUGGAAGCAAUUAUGAUUUUGGAGUUCGGUUUGACAAUUCGGAGACAUGUAUCACAAUAUAAGAUUUUAUUGUUACAUUUGUAUUCUCAUUGGUGCGCUCUUCCUUUAGCAUAUGACUGGUACAAGUCUUUGGAUGUGAAAAAUAUCUUGCUGGAAACUGUAUCGCACCACAUUUUACCCCAGAUGUUAAUGUAUCCUCUUUGGAAUGAUUUGGGUGAUCUCUUGAAAGAUUAUCUAAAGUUCAUGGAUGACCAUUUUCGAGAAUCGGCUGACCUUACAUUUCUGGCAUAUCGUCAUCGAAACUAUUCAAAAGUAAUUGAAUUUGUGCAGUUUAAAGAACGACUGCAGCGUUCAAGUCAGUACUUAUUGGCUAAGAUUGAGGAACCAAUUUUACAUCUGAAGCAGAAUGCAGAUAGCAUCGAGAAAGAAGAGACUGUUCUUGAAAAUCUCAAAUGUGGAACUCACUUUCUUGAGCUCUCAAGUGAGAUUGGAUCCAAAUCUUUGACCUUCAAUGAAGAUAUGCAGCUGAGGCCUUGGUGGACACCUACUUAUGAUAAGAAUUAUCUUUUAGGACCAUUUAAAGGGGUAUCCUAUUGUCCUAGAGAAAGUACGCAAACUCAGAUCAAACAAAUGGAAGCAAACGCUUUGAAAACAAUUGAGAGGAGGUCCCUUGUUCCUAGGAUGAUCUAUUUAUCUAUACAGAGUGCUGCUUUAUCAAUCAAGGAUAAUAUUGAAGCCAAUGGUUCAUUACCUGAACAUCAGGUCCCCUCUGAGCUAAGGAUAUUGCUUGAGCGCUAUGCAAAUAUAUUGGGCUUUUCUUUCCAUGAUGCGAUCAAUAUGGUUUCCAAUGUUCAAAGUGGUCACAAUUCUUCAGAGGCCGUAAGUCCAAACCUCAUUGAAUUGAUGAAUUUCUCUGUGUUCUACAACGCAUGGAUUUUAAGUUCUCAUGAAAAAGGUGCAUCCCUUGGAGAGAAAAACAAGUCUAGUUCCUGGCAGCUUGUAAAUUCAUUUUUAGAGAGACAAAUCGUUGAGAAAGUCAGAUCCAUGAGAUCUCUGCUGUCAACUCCCUGCAGCGAUCUUCCUGUUGUCAUCCAAAUGGUUACAGAACCGUUGGCUUGGCAUAUUUUGGUAAUCCAGUCUUUUGUCCGAUCAUCUCUUCCAACUGGAAAGAAGAAGAAGAAGGGUGGAGCUACAGAACAUUCGAACUCUCAACUAUCUCAUGAGAUCAGGGAUUCUAUACUUCUUGUCUAUAGUGUUAUAGAGCAAGUAAUAACGUGGUUAAAAGAACAGCUACAGAAAUCAGUGGAUGAAGGUUUGGAUAUGAUACUUUCCUCUCUUACUACGAAAGAAACAAAUGAAGGUCCUGGUAGAGUUUUCCAUGUAAUAGAAACUUGUGUUGCAUCAGCAAGUCACACAGAGCUUGGUGACCGUAUUUCUGGAGCCCUGAGGUGUUGGGAUCCUGCUGGUGUUGGCAGGAAAUUAAUAUCUGGACAGAGUACAGUACUUUCGGAAUUUUUAAUAAUCUGCGAAAGUAAGAUUAAAUCGUUGCAGACAUUGAAACUGCAAGUGUGAAGCAGAAGCUGCUUAUGAUGUUAUGCUGGUGGCUUUGGGUCAUGCUGCAAGAGGACAAUCAGGUUCUGAACUCCAUCAAUGGAGUCAUUUGGGUUGUGUAAUUUUGCAAUUUUGUCAUAUUCUUUGUAGAGUGUUUGAGAUAGUUAGUUACCAUUUCCAGGAAUGAUCAGUUUUUCCCCUCAUUUUGAAGAAGAAACAGUUGCUCUACCGAUCAUUGCAUGUUUGAAAUUGUUAAGGCAUGAUUUUUUUUUGUCAGUUCAAUUGAUGUAACUUUAGUUAUUUUUUUUCCUUUUCUCAAAUGUUGGACAAGAACUCAAAUACCGAUAUUUUUUCGCAGUCCCUUCAUACCAAAUUUCGUCUUGUUCUA